AAUGAAGCUCAAUCACGUCUUAAAAUUUCAUAAUGCGCUGUUUGGAAACAACUCAAGAUCUGGAGCACGCGUUUAGAAACUCCAAUAGAUGAUUGAUUACCUUUAAAAGUUAACUGAGGGGAAGGAAAACGUUGAAAUAUUCAUUCAAUAAAAAUAAAAAAUCUUUUUACCGAAGACGAACAGACGGAUCCGGAAGUUUCACAUGGUGAAGUCACGUGACUUAAAAUGUUUUGGAUCUUGCUGAUUUCAACUUUUCUCUUCUGUUUCUUUGAUUUCCACUAUUUCUGGCGAGGAAUACUUAUGUACAUAUUAGCUCUUGUCAAACGAACCAUCAGACCAGUUGAUGCACUGAAUGGAGAAGUCUUUACCCCAGGUAUAUGUCUGACAACUGACCUAGAUCUGGUGCUGCACAUGAAUAAUGCCAGGUAUUUACGGGAGUGUGACUUUGCUAGAUUUGACUUCUGGAUCACCACAGGAAUAUACCAGGCUGUGAGAAAGCUUAAGGGCAGAAUGCUGGCUGGAGCAAGUACAAUAAGAUAUCGGAAAUCCAUCGAUUUAUUUGAUACUUAUAAUAUCAUUACAAAGCUCCUAUGUUGGGAUGACAAGGCAUUCUACGUCGAACAAAAAUUUGUGAGGAAUAGGGACAGUUUUGUAUGUGCUGUUGUUACAUUAAAGCAGACAUGGUCAGGAGGUAUUUCCCCCCAGAAUGCACUAGAUGAUCACUAUGGUAGACCAGUGUCACCUCUACCAACACCUGAGCAUGUAAAACACUGGAUUCACUAUAAUAAUCUAUCUAGUGAAAUAUUAAGAAAAUCUAGUUGAUUCCAUGACUGAACACAACGAACACAGAAAACAGUAAAAUAUCGAGAAAAUCUGGUUGAUUCCAUGACUGAAUGCUGUGAAAUAUUGAGAAAAUCUAGUCGAUUCCAUGACUGAACACAGUGAAAUAUCGAGAAAAUCUAGUCGAUUCCAUGACUGAAUGCUGUGAAAUAUUGAGAAAAUCUAGUUGAUUCCACGACUGAAUGCUUUGAGAUAUUGAGAAACUCUAGCUGAAUGCAUGACUGAACACAGUGAAAUAUUGAGUAAUUCUAGUUGAUUCCACGACUGAACGCAGUGAAAUAUUGAGAAAAUCUAGUUGAAGAUUCCAC